AUGCCACGAGUAAAAACUAUUGAUCUUUAUUUUUCAAAGUCACAACAGCUUUUAGAAGUAGCUUCUCAGACGACACGGAUUAGCACGAGAUAUCGUGCCUCAGACAAGGCACAAUUGUCUAUAAAAACAUAUGACCCUGUAUCAGGUAUUUGUAUUCGAUUUCGGACAGACCGUGCUGUUGAUGUUGCACGACUAAUGGCUGCCGCUUGUACACUCGGCCAUACAAUGGCUAAUACAAUAGAACCACAGGUGAAAAUUGAUCAAGUACAAGUGGUUCAAACACAGCAGGCAACGGAACAAGGACAAGGAAAAAAACACAAGAAGCGCCGAUAA